AUAUUAGAAGCGCGUCCAUAUUUGCACACGCGGAAAUUUACCGGCUUGCAGGGCCGGGAAAAUUUCGAAACGGGCUGGAGGGAGGUUGCCGAGGAGCUCAAUAAUCUCCCUAACGGGUCUAGAAAGACACCAGAGCAGUGGAUGACGGUUUGGAGAGACUUAAAAAGCCGCGCUUGCAGUAAGGCGGCAAAAUUAAAAAAAGAACAAAAACGUACCGGCAACCGAGGCGUCAGCACUGCUCCCCUGACCGAGGCCGAGAGCCGGAUAAUUUCAAUAGUUGGGGCAGAUUAUUCCUUUGGGACAGACUGCCCGGACGCUAUGCCAGAGGAAGAUUUAUUACAACAUGAGAUGGAGGCUGGGGUGGUAAUCUCUGAGGUUCUCACCUUACCUCAUUCUCAGGCUAGAGAUUUUGUGGAAUUGUUACCGACUGAAACAACAAUCAAUGACAGCAGAGCAACGGCUGGUUCUUCACCACCACCCAUCCAAGAACAAGUGCAAGAUGCCCUCAGUCGCCAGUACUACAAAUGACAGUACGUGGCAGAAGGACAGAAACUGUUGCAUCAUCAACACCACCACUGCGACAGAGACCCAGAAGAAAGAGGAAUCUGAAUCCUCGCCAAAGUGUUUCUGAGCAAUAUAGUGCAGCUCGACGAGAAUUUCUAGCAGUUGCAGAAGCAAAUGCUGCUACAAUGAAGAUGCUGGCAACUGCUGCUCAAGCGCAAGCAGAUGCUGCCAAGAUGCAGGCUGAGGCAGCCAAGGUACAAGCCGAGGCGACGCUGCAAUUGGUAAAAGUCGGAAACAAAAUAGCUGACGCAAUAAAUAAUUACAUAAAUAAAAAUAAUAAAUGAUAUAAAA